AUGGCUCAGCGGCCGCCCGCGGAGCCCAAUGGCGGCGGCAGCGGGCAAAUGAAGCGCCCCCGGGACACCUCUGCUGACGGCGGACUGUAUGAGAGUGACAUUAGGGGUGUGAGUUUCAAUAAGAAGGCGAAUGCAUGGAUGGUCGCGUGGCAAGAGGGCGGACGCCGACGCUCAAAGUGCUUUUCGGUUCGCAACGCCGAUGUGGAGGUAAGUACCUACGUAUGCACUGGCGGGAGUGCUGGAAUGACUGCAUUCUCAUGUAAGUCAUGUAUUGCAUUGCUGCGGCGGCUUGUCUGUGUUGUCAUCUUUUGCCAGGUUCGGAAGCAGGAGGCCCUCGAGUACCUGCUGGAGCAGCGCAGCCGGCUGGGGAUGUCGCCGUCCCUCGAGCGCAAAGAGCCGCGGCCGCCACGCAAAAAAUCCAAAAAGACCAAAGCCACCAAAAGCGGUACUUUGCAGCCAUCCCACCCACCAUUCACAUCCAUUCAUUCGGGUCUUUCCUUUCUGUUUGGUCAGGUCGGUCUGAGAGCCUUCCCGCUCUCCCCGCCCCUCCACGUCCCGGCCCCCGCACCGCCUCGCCCUCUCCUCCAUCCCCUCCCCCCAUCGACAGCUCCAUCCCGGCCUCCCUGCUGCCGUUCCGCGUGCUGAGGUCCCGAAGAAGCCCAGCUGACGUGCAGGAGAAGCCAGCAUCGCAUGACGUGGCAGCCGUCGCGGUCGAGAGGGAGCCCCCUCCCCCUCCCCCUCCCCCUCCCCCUCCCGCCACCAUCAACACGGACAGUGGACAGCCCCCGAGGCCCAACAAAGGGCUGUCGAGCGCCCCUCCGCCUCGCAAGCAGCGGACGGGCAAGAAGGGGAAGGGGUCGAGAGGGAGGCGGGCAUCCAAGGGCAAGAAGGCGGGACAGCGGAAGCCCGCCCUCUCUGUCAACCCGUCAUCAGCUGCGGCUGCACAGCAGCCGGCCGUUCGCCGUUCCCUCCUGCGUGCGCUGUAUCCCCGCAAUGUGGUGACUCACCGCCCCCUGCCGCCUCCCCCCAUGCCCCUAUCGAUGUCCAUCGACCGAUUCAUGUCCUUUACCACACUCCCAGCACCCGCCCACGACUCGCCCAAAGCAAAGGACGGCAGUGAGCAGCCCCACUCUUCAUCGCUGGAGCAGCGCAUCUCGGCGUGUUUCGAUGCGGAUGAUGGCGAGGGCGGUGGCGAGCUCUCUCCGUCCUCCAAGAAGGGCGGGCUGCUGCAGGUCUGUUCGACGGCCAGCAACGGGAGCCAGGAGGACGACGGCACGUCCAGUGACUACGACGACAGGCGGGGGCUGUCGGUGGUGCCGGGCGGGGAUGUGGUGGGGAAGAAGGAGCCGGUCUUCGAUCGCAUCACCCUGCGCUUCGCGACGCGGAAGCCGGAUGACGAUGAUACUCCGGCUCUCCUUGCGCCGCCUCCCUCCCCCGCCCCCCGGAAGCGGUUCAUCGAUCUGGACAAUGCCACACCACUGCUGGCCCAGAUCAUGUCUGGCAGUCUGCUCGACGGUGAGGCGCCUGCGAGCCCGGCUUCAUCGACAUAUUGGUUCGAUAAGGAGAGGGAGGUCACACCCGGCGGUGAUGGAGAUGGGGAUGCGGAUGAGGCGGGCCACCAGCAGCAGCAGCUGGCCUUCCCCAGCCUGAUGUGGCCCGAGUCGCUGCUCAUCGACGACAGCGACGAGGACUCACCGAUGGCUGACGAGCGGAGUGGUGAGGGGGACGGGGGCAGCUGCGACACGCCGGCUUCCCCGCAGUCAUGUCCGUUUGGUUCGCUGGGUGUGGGUGUGGGUGCGGGGGCGGGGUUGAGUGGUGGAGAAGGUGGCGAUGGCGGUAGUCUGAUUCCGGCGCGUCUGGAGGCUCUGGCAGACUCAUUCAUCGGUACAAUCCCUGUCAUUCGCUCUAUCUGUGUUUGUCUGUGGCUCAUCCAUCCAUGGCAUGUAUCAGGUCCAUAUGACGAGGAGCUGAUCGGCCGCAUCAUGUCUGAGGACAUCGAUAACGACGCCUCGCCGAGCCCCCUACUCCCCCCACACCAUCCCUCGCCCCCACCGUCCGGCCAGCAGCAGCCUGAGGUGACGUCCCCCCAGCCGCCCUCGCUCCCCUUCUCACUCCAGAGCACACCAUCAUCCCGCCACUCGGACGAUGCCCACUCCGACAGCCGUCGACCCCGCUACACCCUCACCAAUGCCGCCCCCAUUCCCAUGCCGUCGCUGCCGCUCAUUCGUCGCUUCGACAUCCAUCCCCAAAUGGCGGGCAGUCACCAGUCGGCCGAAGUGACGGAGAUGGGAGCUGCUGUGCACACGAGUGGGGUCAUGAUGGGGCUGACGGCCGCGUCGUGUGGCUCGGCGAGCGCUAGAGGGGUCACAUCGAUGAUGGGCGUCAUGUAAGGACGUGACAACGCAAUGAUAAACCGUCGGUACGGGGCACGUGUUGGAUAGCUACGGGGGCGGGUGGGUUGGGGGUGUUUGCUUUAAGUAAGCCUGUGUGUUUGGUUGUGUGGGAUGGGAUGGGUGUCGAGUUGGUUGAGCGACCGAGUGAGGGAGCGAGGCCGGAGUGCUUCGUUCGCUGGGCGGAUGGAGGGUCCCCCCCUGUAGCUACCUAAGGUGACGUAACCUAACACACACAGCACACAACACACACACGACAUCAUGAUCCAUCACACACACACACACCCUGACCUCCUAUUUGUCAGUCACACACCACGCCACUGUGGCACACAGAGAGACUCCAACACACGAAUGAAUGGAUGGAUGGAUGGAUGGAUGGAUGGAUGGCCGCAUAUAUCAUGGCACGACGGACUGUAUUUGGUAUGGUAUGCGUGGGAGGGUUUUGCAAUUUUCCAGACAGCGCCUUUGUCGCGGUUAGAGACCCCAACGCCCCCCAUGUGUGUGUGUGCGUGCGUGCAAGGAAUGGCCAGCCAGCCUGCCUAAGCAGACAAAGAGCGCUAUGUGUUUGCCUGCCUGCCUGGGGGUGGUCUACUCCACGGAUUGUGUGUAGGCGAUUCGACCGACGGUCUGCCUUCCUUCCUGCCUGC